AUGUGAAGCAAGCUCUCAUUCAGUGGCAGGAGCGAAUUGAGUUUGCCCAUAAGCUCUUAACUCUGCUGAAUUCCUACAGCCCUCCCGAACUCCGCAACGCUUGUAUUGAUGUCCUCAAGGAGCUUGUACUUUUAAGUCCUCAUGAUUUCCUACAUACUCUGGUUCCAUUUCUACAGCACAAUCAUUGUACAUACCACCACAGUAAUAUCCCAAUGUCUCUUGGACCUUAUUUUCCAUGUCGUGAAAAUUUGAAAUUAAUAGGGGGAAAAAGCAAUAUUCGUCCUCCACGUCCCGAACUUAACAUGUGCCUCUUGCCCACCAUGGUGGAAGCCAGCAAGGUACAGUGGUCGCAAGGACACACUGGGUGCAGGCACAGCCCCAGUGGACACUGCUAUUCAGAAAGAAUCCAAUCUCCUGCACAUGGGGCCUAUGUGCACGUAGAUGGGAAUCUGUGUGGGCAACACAUUUCGAAGAAGCACGGUUACUGUAGGGGCAAAGAUGAUGUUUACGAUCGUAUGCUGCUAGACUACUUCUUUUCUUAUCAUCAGUUCAUCCACCUGCUAUGUCGAGUUGCAAUCAACUGUGAAAAGUUUACUGAAACUUUAGUUAAAAUGAGUGUCCUAGUUGCAUAUGAAGGUUUGCCACUUCAUCUUGCGUUAUUCCCCAAGCUUUGGACUGAGCUCUGUCAGACUCAGUCCGCAAUGUCCAAGAACUGCGUAAAGCUGCUCUGUGAAGAUCCGGUUUUUGCAGAAUACAUAAAGUGUAUCCUGAUGGAUGAAAGGACCUUUCUUAACAACAACAUUGUAUAUACCUUUUUGACUCAUUUUCUUCUAAAGGUCCAAGGGCAGGUGUUUUCUGAAGCAAACUGUGCCAACUUAAUCAAUACUCUAAUUACAAAUCUAAUAAAUCAAUAUCAAAGCCUAGAAUCUGACUUCAGCAACCAGAGAGUUGAAAUUUCCAAAGCAAGCUCUACUUUGAAUGGGGACCUGCGAGCACUUGCCUUGCUGCUUUCAGUGCACACUCCCAAACAGCUCAAUUCAGCCCUGAUUCCAACUUUACAAGAGCUUUUAAACAAAUGUAGAGCUUGUCAACAACAGAGGAACUCACUACAAGAGCAAGAAGCCAAAGAAAGAAAAACUAAAGAUGAUGAAGGAGCUACUCCUGUGAAGAGAAGACGGGUCAGCAGCGAUGAGGAGCACACUGUAGACAGCUGUAUCAGUGAUACAAAAACUGAGCCGCGGGAGGCGUUGACCCCAACGAGCACUUCGGAUAACGAGACGCGGGACUCUUCCAUCAUUGAUCCAGGCACUGAGCAAGACCCUCCUUCCCCUGAGAACAGUUCUGUCAAAGAGUACAGAAUGGAAGCUCCAUCUUCAUUUUCCGAAGACAUAAUGUUAGCCACACAGUCACAGCACACGGAAGAUCAGUCAGGAAACGGUAAAUUUGAAGAAUGCAAGGAAUUUAAAGACCUGCAGACUUCCAAGGAUUCCAUUGGAACUGAGGAGGACUCAGAGUUUCCUUCCACAUCGAUUUCAGCGGUUUUAUCCGACCUCACAGAUUUGAGGAGCUGUGAUGGUCAAGCCUUACCAUCCCAGGACCCCGAUACUAGUUUAUCAAUCAGCUGUGGCCAUUCCAGAGGACUUUUUAGUCAUAUGCAGCAGCAUGACAUUUUAGACAUCCUGUGUAGGACCAUUGAGUCUACGAUUCAUGUGGUCACAAGGAUAUCUGGAAAAGGAAACCAAGCUGCUUCUUGA